GCGGCGGCCGCGCCCCCCCCGCCCCGUCUCGGUGUGUGAGCGGCUCGGUACGGCGGCGGUCACGUGUUGUUUUGCUCUUUAGUUGGGGCACUCGGUGCGCGAUGUGUUACUUACGGCGAAACUCCCGCCGGCGCCGGCAGCAGCCGCGGCGGCACCGCCACCACCACCAGCAGCGACCGGGGAGCGGUAGCGCCGGUAUCCGAGCCGGGGAGGACGUCGGGCGGCCGCCGGUAGCACCCGCUGCCUAGGACCCCGUAAACGGAGGACCCCGCUGCGGCUCCGGGCAGCCGCGCUCUUUCUCCGGAGGAAUAACUUUAUUUUGCCCGCUUUCCCCCCGCCCCACCUCUCUUCUUUUUUUUCUUUCCCGCGGCGCCCGGUCCUCAUCCCUUCUCGGCAGCGAGAGGAGCCGGGCGGCGCUCCCGGCGCGGGGGUCGGGGAUGGCGAGCCCCGCCGUGCUGGGGCUGCUGCCCUCCCUGAGCUCCCCGCCCGGCCCCAACCUGAACAACAACAACAACAACAACCAGGGCGUGAGGAAGUGCGGGUACCUGCGCAAGCAGAAGCACGGACACAAACGCUUCUUCGUCCUGCGGGGCCCCGGCGGCGGCGGGGAGGAGGCGGGGGGCGCCCGGCUGGAGUACUACGAGAGCGAGAAGAAAUGGAGGAACAAGUCCGGGGCGCCCAAGCGGGUGAUCGCCCUGGACUCCUGCCUCAACAUCAACAAGCGGGCGGACGCCAAGCACAAGUACCUCAUCGCCCUCUACACCAAGGACGAGUACUUCGCCGUGGCGGCCGAGAACGAGCAGGAGCAGGAGGGCUGGUACCGAGCUCUCACCGACCUGCUCAACGAGGGCAAGGCGGCCUGCCAGGGGUCCCCCCAUCGCCACCUCGCCUCCCCCUUCUCCGCCUCCUGCAGCGCGGCCGCCGCCUCCCUGGCCGCCGCCGGCGAGGACCUCAACUACGGGCUGAUCACCCCGGCCGCCGCUGCCUACCGGGAGGUCUGGCAGGUGACGCUGAAGCCCAAGGGCUUGGGGCAGAGCAAAAACCUCACCGGCGUCCACCGGCUCUGCCUCUCGGCCCGCACGAUCGGCUUCGUGCGCCUCAACUGCGAGCUGCCCUCGGUCACGCUGCAGCUGAUGAACAUCCGCCGCUGCGGCCACUCCGACAGCUUCUUCUUCAUCGAGGUGGGGCGCUCGGCGGCCACCGGCCCCGGCGAGCUCUGGAUGCAGGCGGACGACUCGGUGGUGGCCCAGAACAUCCACGAGACCAUCCUGGAGGCCAUGAAGGCGCUGAAGGAGCUGUCCGAGUUCCGGCCCCGCAGCAAGAGCCAGUCCUCCUCCUCCUCUUCCUCGGGGGGCGCCGCCGGGCCCGGCGGCGGCGGCGCCUCCGCCACCCACCCCAUCACCGUGCCCGGCCGCCGGCACCACCACCUGGUCAACCUGCCCCCCAGCCAGACCGGCCUCCUCCGCCGCUCCCGCACCGACAGCCUGGCCGCCGCCACCAAGUGCACGCCGUGCCGGGUGCGGACGGCUAGCGAGGGCGACGGCUGCCGGGUGGGCUCGGUGGCCGGCAGCCCCAUGAGCCCGGGCCCCGUGCGGACCCCCCUCAGCCGCUCGCACACGCUUAGCAGCGGCGGCGGGGGGGGCCGGCCGGCGGGGAAGCUGCUGCCGGUGCUGGCCGGCGGCGGCCUGCAGAACAGCCGCUCCAUGUCCAUGCCCGCCUCCCACUCGCCCCCCUCCGCCACCAGCCCCAUCAGCCUCUCCUCCAGCAGCGGCCUCGGCUCCGAGCCUGCCCACCCCCAUCACCCGCAGCGCCCGUCCAGCGGCAGCGCCUCCGUCUCCGGCUCCCCCAGCGACGCCGGCUUCAUGUCCUUCGACGAGUACGGCUCCAGCCCGGGCGGCGACCUGCGGCCCUUCUCCUCCUCCUCUACCGCCAGCAACCGCAGCAACACCCCCGAGUCGGUGGCCGAGACCCCCCCGGUGCGGGACCCCGGGGGCGGCACCGACCUCUACGGCUACAUGGCGAUGGAGCGGCCCCCGAGCGGCCGCCUGUGCUACCGGCCCUGCCCCGACGCCGCCGCCGACAGGGGCCAUCGGAAGCGGACCUACUCCCUGACCACCCCGUGCCGGCAGCGGCCCGCCCCGCCGCAGGUCUCCUCCGCCUCCCUCGACGAGUACACCCUGAUGCGCGCCACCUUCGCCGGCAGCGCCGGCCGCCUCUUCCCCUCCUGCCAAGCCGGGGCUUCCCCCAAAGUCACCUACACCCCCUACCCCGAGGACUACGGGGACAUCGAGAUCGGCUCCCACCGCAGCUCCGGCAGCAGCAGCACCAACCUGGGGCCGCCGGCGGCGGGAGGAGGAGGAGGGGGAGAGGAUGACGGCUACAUGCCCAUGACCCCCGGCGUGGCCGUAGCCUUAGGGCAGGGAAGCCGUGGCGGUGCAGACUACAUGCCCAUGAGCCCCACCAGUGUGUCUGCCCCCAAGCAGAUCCUGCAGCCCCGGGCGGGGGUGGGUGGCGGGUCCCCCGGGAACGGGAGCAGCUACAAGACCAGCUCACCCGGGGAGAGCUCCCCUGACGAUAGCGGGUACAUGCGGAUGUGGUGCGGCUCCAAGCUGUCCGUGGAGAGCUCGGACGGGAGGCUGAGUAACGGCGACUAUAUCAAUAUGUCCCCUCGGGACCCCCAGCACGGGCCCCAGGCUCCCUCCCUCACCCCCCCAGACUUCUUUUUUGCCCCUUCGGGGCACGGGUCCAGUGAGCCCUCCAAGCCUGGCUGCUACUCGUACAGCUCCUUACCCCGCUCCUACAAGAGCCAGGGCCUGGUGAAGGACAGUGACCAGUACGUCUUCAUGAACUCCCCGGGGAGGAUGAUCCCGGAGGAGGCGGUGUGCGGUGUGGGCCAGUCGCCCGCUGGCACCUUCGCCCCCUCCAGCCACACUGUGCCUUCGCCCCUGCGGCACAGCCGGACUGAGAGCUUCCUGAGCCAGCGGUGCCAGCGGGUGGCCCGGCCCAGCCGCCUCUCUUUGGAGACCUUGCGGACGAUGCUGCCUAGCAUGAACGAGCACCCUCUGCCGCCUGAGCCCAAGAGCCCCGGCGAAUACAUCAACAUCGACUUCGGGGAUGCUGCCGUCUAUUCUCCCCCCUCCCUGCCCGCUGACAGCCCGGCCUCCUCCCUGGGCUCGGGCACGGGGCAGAGGCGCUCCCCUCUCUCUGACUACAUGAACAUUGACUUCGGGUCGCAGUCGCCCUCCCAGUCGGGCACGGUCUCAGUGGGCUCCCUGGAAGCGCUGUCACCAGGCUCUUCCUCCAGCACCAGCCAGCCCGACGGGCGCUACCUGAAGGCGGCUGUGGGGGUGGCUUGUUCGUCCAGCCCGUCCGACGGUGGGGAUUACACCGAGAUGACCUUUGGCAUGGCCACCACCCCACCCCAACCCAUUGUUCAGAAGCCAGAAAGUGCCCGGGUUACCAGCCCCACGGCUGGGGUGAAGAGGCUCACCCUCUCUGGGGUGGAGGCUUUCAUUCUCACCAGCCCCCCCCCAGACCCGAACCGGGGGGCCAAGGUCAUCCGGGCAGAUCCCCAGGGGCGCAGGAGGCACAGCUCGGAAACUUUCUCCUCCACCACCACUGUGACCCCCGUGUCCCCCUCCUUCGCACACAACCCCAAACGGCACAACUCGGCCUCGGUGGAGAACGUGUCCCUCAGGAAAACCGAAGGCCUGGAGGAGGAGCAGGGUAGCAGCCCCAUGUGCCGGGAGACCUCGGCUGGCUUCCAGAAUGGCCUCAACUAUAUCGCCAUCGACGUGGUGGACGGGACCCUGGCAAACUGUGACAAAGCCAGGUCGAAAGCCAGGCACGUCCUCAAUGGUGGCAUCAACGGAGUGGAGAUGAGCGCCUAUGCCAGCAUAGACUUUCUGUCUCACAACCUGAAAGAAGCGAGUGCUGUGAAGGAGUGAAGGAGUUAAUUUUCUCACCAUGACCUCAAACAACAGAGUACAACAUUCAAAGAAGCUGCUCAGCAUAUACCUUUACCUUUUUUUUUUUUGUUGUUGUUGUUUUGUUUUGUUUGGUAACUGAAGCUGCUUAAGGUUUACUUUUUGUUGUUGUUAUUGUUGGUCCGGACAGUUACUUACAACCUGUUGUGGACUAAACUGUGCAACAAAUCUGGGAGGAAGGGAAAGCAACCUGCCUAACUCGUUACCUGUCCAUGGCAUCUACGGUAUCAUUUUGCUGCUGUUUCAACAGGAGUUGGAGAUGCUCUUUAGACCCUAGGAACUUUUCUGCCGGCCUCUUUAACUAACGGCCAAUGCCUUUAUUUCCUUUUUUCUGCAAAGACGAACUGUAUUUAUUCUUCGGCAUAUUAGGGGAUUCUGUAACGCCUGCUGAAGCAGUGAGAUCUGGUAUUUACUGGCGUAAUUUCAAGCCUACCACAGUCCUACCUCAGUUCAAAGUAAAGCCGGAUUUGCGGUGUCGGUGUACGACAGGACCUCCUUGAUCUCUAUGCUGAGUCUCUCUCGAGAGCGGUCGUCAGCCUUACUGAACUUGCAACGCGUACAGCUGCUGCUGCUGCUGGGUUGUUCGUGAAUCACUAGCCGCAGGGUUUAUACUUCUCAGACAAAGCCGAACCAGGGCACUGAAAUGGCGAAAAUGGGACGAAACUCUGUGAAUCGGGCUUGGACCGAGGAUUCGGAGUAGUUGAAAAAUGUAAAAUGUGUAACUGAAGCAAUGUAAGUUAAAAACAGCAAACUGUAUUGGGGGUAUCUCUCUGUACCUUUGACACACUUGUUUAAUCCUCUCUAUGUAGGUGUUUAUGUAGGUACUUCAGAUUGCAAAAGCCUUUUCUCCUAUUUAGAAGCUCACUUACCCCGUUCUUAGCUGCGUUUCUUGUAACCAAAAAUCCACGUAGGCAUGCUAGGAAUGCAGGGAUGAUAAUGGGUAGCGGGCAGAUUCAAGCGCUAAUAUUAACGCAGUAUUAUCUUGCCAUCUAGAAAGUCCUGAUAUUUGCCUUCUAGCAGGAAAGCACCGUUGCAGCUACAGGCAUUGUUACAGGGAAGAAGAACUGUUGCAGUCACUUAUCCUGAGUUCUUUUCAAGGCUACCUGCGCAUCACGUUUCCAGUAGCCUGAAAAUCCGAGUGAUGUGGCGGCUACUGUCACAAAUGUCACAUACAGCUGUCGCACCAGACUAGCAGAAUGUCACGCCACCUUGUUUCUCCUUUGAUAAAUUUGUUGAAGAGUUCAUAUACAUUUUAAGGGUACCUCCCCAGUGCCUGCUCCGAUAGACAUGUAAGUAUUACUAAGUUAUUUGAGUUACGUGAGAUUUUUUUUUCUUUUUUUUUUUUUCUUUUAAAUCAUUGUGCUAGGUGGAACCUGUACUUAAUGCAUUAUCUUUUGCGAUUAUUUUUUUUUCCGAGGAAGACGAGAGUCAAUGUCUUACAAAUAUAUUGAAUGGCAAUGCGGUCUUCCUGCUUACAUGCUGAAUUUUUAGAACUGAGGAUUGUAUUACAAGACAAAGAUGAAUGUAAACUAAUUCCUUCCCUACCCCAUGACACACUUUAUUUUUCAGUGUAAUUUUUGGGGUCUUAAAUCACAGCAAUGCAUAGGCUAAUACAAUAUUAGAUCUAAAAUCAAUUUAAAUAUCUAAUCUAUCUGUUUGAGUUGGUUUUGUUUGUUUUUUUUUUUUAAAUACUGUAAGUGGUUCUAAGACAUUCUAAAAUGCUGCUUGUUUAAGUCUGGAACUAAAAAAAAAAAUAAAUAAAAACAAAAAACAAAUACCUUUGCCAUUUUCUGUCUGACCCCCCCAUAGGACAGAGUGUGGUACCUGCUGAAUUCAAUGUUUUGAACUUCUAUUUUGAAGUAGCCCUCUGUACCAAUUCAGAAAUCAUGCCACUAAAACAAAUGGCUAAAAUGCAUACAGCAACUUCAAAAGAAAAACUUGACAAUAUAGCCAAUUCUUCUCUAUCCUGUAUAUUUCACAAAGGCAUAUGCAAUACUUACAUUCUUAAUUUAGUUUACAGAAUGGAACCAAAAUGUAUAAAUGUUAUGUUUGCUAAAACUUCACAAUGUAUAUUGGGUCUUUGUACAUUUUGCCUGACUUACCUUAAAUUUAAAAUAUUUUUUGCUAUAUAACCUUAACAGUUAUUAAGCAGUGUUUUCUUUUUGGGUACGUAUUGUUUCUGGAUAUCAAGAUGUUAAAUAUAUUUCUUGCUAUUGUGAUAUGACAAGAGACUUAACUUAUCUUGCUGUGUCUUCCAAUGUACACGCUGUAUAUAAGGAUAAAUGUGAUGCUGCUGGAGACCAGAAUAAAUGGAACUAGAGUAGUGUAUUGUAUUUAGUCUGUAUUGAUCAUGGAUGCUCUCCUUAAUAGCCAUAUGCAAUAAAAUACAUUAUUUAUGAAAGG